GCUGUCAGUCACUCUUUAAACCAGCGUGCAAGCCGGUCGCUACCGAUACAUGACCUCCCAGCACAGAGCUGCGCACUUCGCACUUGCGAACAGCCUUCUCUGGGCCUUACGUCACUCCAGUGCUGUGCUGCUGUAGUGCCUGGUACCGACUAGCUGACUAGCGCCCGUUGGAUAGGUAGCAACCUUUGUACCCGUGGAAGUGUUGAUAGCCUGGCUAUGGCAGACUCCAUGACAGAAGCCGUUACCUCUGCACCCGCGGGGGAGCCUGGGGUGCUGGCUGCUAGAGGGAAGGAUGCUCUAGAGACACGACCAAAGCAGGAUAACAGACACGCCCUUCACAAUGGCGCCCCCAUGCGUGCAGUACUCCCCCAUGAUGUUUUGGCCUUUCUGGAAGUGGCCAUGCCAGGAACGAUCCCUGCCGAUGCCGCUGGAGGGACGCCCGUGAUGACUGUAGUUCAAGAGGCCAACGUACAAGUCCCUACCGUAUCACAGAUAACGAAAGAACCGACCCACGCUCCAGAAGUGAAGACUCAGGUAACACAGAAACAGACCGGCGAAUCACAGGAAACGUCAGUUCAUAAAAAAGUACCAGCGAAAAAACAAGACACAUCCAGUGUGGGACUUUCGCCAGAAGUGUUGUCAUUUUUGGACAUCACUUUGUAUGGGGUGGCGGAACCUGAGAUUUCGGAGGAAUCAUCGCCCGAAGCGCCCGUCACACCAGACUCACCUGAUGAGCCUCAUGUAACAAAACGUGUUACCCAGGCUACAUCGCCAGCCAGUGUUGAACCGAAGCAAUCUUCAAGUGUUGAAAAUAAAUUGGCGAUGGUAAAUGGCAGCUGCACCGUCGCGACUCUGUCCCCGGAAGUGAUGUCAUAUUUGGAUAUGGCAAUGGCGGAAUGGAUUACUGAUGAGGUUGUUGUCCAAGAGAUAGCUGAGGAAGCAGCUACAGCGAGACAGGAGAUACCACUUCAGAUACCUGAGCCAGCCGCAGCCGGUAGUGACAAGGUCUCAACAACAGUUCAGGCCGAAGAAACGGCAGAACCUACAGUUGAAGUUGACGCUGCUGAAGUAGAAGUAGUAGAUAUGGAGGAAGUAUCAGAGGUUGCCGUCGAGGACGUAAACAUGGCUCAAGAAGUUGUCCACCAAGUGCAACUGGCUGCUGUUGAGACGAUCCCCGAGGCUCAAGAAGAUGAACACAAAGAACAAGAAGCACCAAAGGCUGAGGUUGAAGACAUCGCGUCGACAAAAAGGGCUGAGCCUGAGGGUAAGCCAGCAUUGGCAGGAGAGCCGGCGACGAAAGUUGAAGAGUCUACGACUCAGGGCAAAGAGCCCGCGACGGAAGUUACAGAGUCAACAGCGGAAGUUAAAGAGUCGGCGUCGGACGUUAAAAAGCCGGCAAAAGAAGCUAAAGAGUCGGCUACAGAAGUUACAGAGCCGGCCACAGAAGUUACAGAGCCGGCCGCGGCCACAGAAGUUACAGAGCCGGCCAAAGAAGUUAAAGAGCCGACCAAAGAAGUUAAAGAGUCGAUGACGGAAGUUGACAAGCCGGCAACGGAAGAUUCGACAGGUGAAGUUAAAGUACCGGCGACGCAAGUUACAGAGUCGGCAACGGAAGUUACAGAGCCAGUGACGGAAAAAUCGGCGACAAAAGUUACAGAGCCGGUGACGGAAGUUACAGAGCCGGUGACGGAAGUUACAGAGCCGGUGACGGAAGUUACAGAGCCGGUGACGGAAGUUACAGAGCCGGUGACGGAAGUUACAGAGCCGGUGACGGAAGUUACAGAGCCGGUGAAGGAGGCUGAGGCAGUGGCAGUAACUGAUGAACCGGUCACGGAGGAUGGGAAAGAACCAGAGAAGGCCCCUGAGGUGGCGGUGGAGGCAGCGCCAACAGCUGAAGAGGAUAGAGAUAAGAAAGCGCCCGUCGCUGCCAACACUGAGUGGACCGAAGAGCAGGUGAAGGAAUGGUCUCAACAAGGCUACCUACCCAUGGUCAAGAACAUGUUUCUUCCGUCGACCAUGCCCGUUCUACCUAGCCCCCUGUUCUAUAUUGGUGUGGGGGGUUUGGCAUCCCUUGUUUUCUACCUUACAGAAUCCCCCAUCAUGGCCCUCAUGACGCUCGUGUUUGUUCUUGUCCUCAUCCUUCUCGCUCGGCUGUUCUACCUAUACAGGCUCCAUGGACAAUGCGCCGCGGAGUCAGCCAAUAAGAAAAAAUCCGAGUGAUCGAUAAACA